UGAUCGUAGGUCGUCUUAUACACCAGCAAAUAAGGGAGGAGUGGACCACAGUUUAUCAUCGACUGUAUUCAGACAAUGUAACAGAGCAGCGUUGGGGGGUGGACCGAGUUUCUGUUUGGAAAGUUAGAUCUCACCCUAAAAUUCCUGUUGGGAUUGAUGCAACUGUUGCACUGGUAAGAGCUCAGAUCCAAGAUCAGUUGGCUUACCAGGAAGGGACUAACUGUCAAGCUGGUGACAUUAGCCUCCUGUAUUCUAUGGCUUUAAUAAGAUUUAUUAAUCUAGUGUCAGAACUAGGACAAUGUAACAAAUUCACCCUUCCAGUGAAAAAUGUAGCUUUGAAGUUUGGAAUACCAGACUGGAUUGUAGAUUUGCGUCAUUGUGCAAGUCAUACUUUGACCCCACCUUUGGAAAUGUUACGAACUGGAGCAGAUUUUGCCCUUCAGUGGCUUCGCCUAUACUUUUGGGAGUUUGAAAGUAUGACGUUGGAAGAUUUUACUGUUCUUCCACCUUCUAGUAAACCUGAAUCAGCAAUCCAUGAAAAUCUUCUUCACUACCAGCAGCAUUUGUAUGAGAUACUUUAUUCUCAACUUCCCUACAUCAAUGUGAAAAAACAUCAAAAACAAGUGAAAAAAAUAAGAAAGAGUAUUCAACAAUUGCUGAGGAACAACAGCCCUCUUUUCCUAAACAUACUUGUACAACCUGACUACCUGCUUCAUACAGAAGACCAGUUAAAUUAUCUUCUUCUGGCUCAUGAAAAGCAGUUUCUGCAUAACAGUUCCAUAGUUUUGCCUGCUUCUCUCUUCAAGUUUUGGGAACCUCUUCUGAUUACAUUAUUUAUGAAACAUGGUAAUCUGCAGGCAUUCCUAGAAAUCUUGUUGUCAGGUAGCUCUGCCUGGAAUCAACUUAAUCAGAAAAUUGCUGUAGCUUGGGUCACAAAGCUGAUAUCUUGCCUAGACACUAAAGAAAAAACCAGGAAAUACUCAAGACUACAGUUUUAUCAAUCAAAGUUACUUUCUCAGUUGAACUGGCAUGCACUUUUGGUGGCAGGAUUGAAGUCACCAAACAAGAAUAUGACAGGUGUUCUUCCUAUGAUUUUAGAGAGAGUUUCUCCCCCCAUCAGUUGUUCUAACAAACAUCAUUUGAUGGCACUAGUAGCUAUUUAUCUAGGAGUUGUCACAGAAUUACCAGACAUUGAAUCUUCUACCACUAAUGUUGGAAUGUUUGAUUUUGAUGAUCUUAAAACAAUUCACAGGAAGAUAAUAGAAGACAACAGUGGUACUGAAUCUCUUGGAGGUGACUGGUCUUUUUGUGCAGAUGAAAUUGACUGGUCAAGUUAUCCUUUGGGGACUUGCCUGUACUACAGUUCCAAAGGUGGAGUAACUGAACUAGAGUUAAGACCAACUUCUUGUGUAGAAAAUGACAUUCCUCAACAAGAUGAAGACAUGGACUAUAAUGCUGUACCCUGUCAACCUGAAUUGUUUUGUAACGCUUCUAAUAAACACCAAGACUUGAUGGAAGAAGUAUCAGAGUUUUUUCCAGAACAUCCAACACUGCAGCUGGACGAUGUUCUUCAGGAGCUCAGAGUGCUGUGAUAAUUAUCUAAAGAUGGUUCACUCUUAUCAUUUGAACAUCUUUUAACUCUUAAUUAUUUCACUGAAGUAUUUGAAUUGCUUUCCAAUUGGUAUGAUGAGAAUAAGCCAUCCUUUGAAUUUAGUUAUUUGUAGUAUCUUUAUUAUAAAACAUUGUGAACAAAUUCUA